CGAGCGCUCCUUCCACCUGCAGCAGCGCGCUCUUCCAGCCAGGACCCGGGAACUCAGCCCCUUUCUUCCCCAGCUCGGCAGGACACUGCUGACCACUGAGGGAUGAUGCCAGCCUGGGUUCCGCUGCUGGUGGCCAUGCUGUGGCAGACGACGAGCCAGGCAGCGACAGUGGAGGAUCUGCGCUCAGCCUUCUCGGCGGCACGCACCCGCAGCAUGAUGGGCGGCCCGCGGAUGGCCGUCACCUUUGACCGCGUGUACGUCAACGUGGGCCGCGACUUCGACGGGCGUAGGGGCGUGUUCACGUGCCGCAUCCCCGGUGCCUACUACUUCUCCUUCACGGUGGGCAAGCACCCGGACAGAGGCCUGUCGGUGAUGCUGAUGAAGGAUGGCAGCCAAGUGCAGGCUAUCGCCUAUGACGAGCACCAAGGCCCUGAGCGCCGGACCCGCAGCCAGAGCGCCAUGCUGCGGCUGGCCCGCGGCGACACCGUCUGGCUGCGGCUUCACGGCCACCCCCAGUACGCCCUUUACAGCGAGACCGGUCCUUACACCACCUUCAGCGGCUGCCUGGUCUACCCCGAUCCCGAGGUGGAGGCCGAGGCCCACCCGGCCCGAAUCCCACCGCCGCCCCGCUCUGCCUUCUCGGCGGCCCGCACCCAGAGUGUGGUGGGCAGCAGCGGGCAGCGCUACCGUCACGACCCGGUGGCUUUCGACACUGAGCUGGUCAACAUUGGCGGCGACUUCAACUCGUCGCUGGGCGUCUUCACCUGCCGCGCAGCCGGCGUCUACUACUUUGCUUUCAACAUGGGUAAGCUGCCCUACAAGACCAUGUCGGUGAAGCUGAUGAAGAACGAGGAUGAGGUGCAGGCCAUGAUUUAUGACGAUGGGACGACCGAGCAGCGGGAGGUGCAGAGUCAGAGUCUGAUGCUGUCCCUCCGGCCGGGCGACCGCAUCUGGCUGUACAGCUACCAGCACGACGGCUACGGCGCCUACAGCAACCACGGCAAAUACAUCACCUUCUCCGGUUUCCUGGUAUACCCUGAGACCGACUGGGACUUGAACCCCGCCACCAACAGACUCUGACUGGCCCGCAGCCCACUGGGCCCCGCUUCCCCUUCUCCCCGUCUGUCCGUGUUACCAAUGUCUUGUGUCAGUCCGAGUCCUUGGAAAAUUAAUAUUUUGUUGGAGGAAGUGGAGUCCACCUCUUCUGUUCGUGUCAAGGGCGGGGCCUGGGGCCAAGAAACGAACAAGAAAUGGAAGUGGGCCUUUUGGCUGCUCCAGCCUGGUCCACCAGUCACUGUGGUGCUUGCUUUUCCAUCUCAAGGCCAUUUUCCUGCAGAUCCCAGAACAUACAGCAUGCAAACGAGCCCUUCACCCGCCAGUCUUUCACUGAUCCUGCCUUUUUUUCAUUCACAUCAACUCCCCCCUCCACCCAGAUUCAACCUCUCUUCAACACGCUGGGGGAAGUCUAUAGCCACUACCCAACCCGCCUUUGGCAUGUGGGAGAAUGCACACGCUUCACACACAGUCAGAGUCUGAAGUCAGGGUUGGAUCCGGGUCCCUGAAGAUGUGAGAAAGUGUGUACCGUGUGUGCGUGCCUUGUUACUUCAACAGAAACCUACCAGUCUCCGCAUUGAAAAUAUAAUCAAUUCCAAAGAUUCGCCAUCACCCAAGAGCGCUCUAGUUGGUUAUUGGGAGAUUCUCACCAAGUCACUUACUUAUUCAGGUCUAAAGAAUUCUGAAGCACUGCAUGCUACAAACAAUACUCUGUGAGGCAAAUGACUGCAGUAGUUCAGGAAGGCGGCUCCCAAUCUUUCAUCUCCUCAGCAACAGGUAAUAAACAAUGGAUUCCCAGAAAUUAAUAUAUGUGAAACUCCUGCAUUGGGAGAAGAUCAGAGAAGCGAUGCAUUUUCAGUUAAAGUGCAGCAUUGGUUUUGGCAUGGGGAGGGCCAAGGCUGAGCGGGGAGUUGCCAGAUCCAGGGUCCGGUCCAGAGCUGGGAAUGGUGCUCACACGUCAAUGCUAAUUCUUAUCAUGAGCCUUUUGCAGGAUCACACCCACAGGUUGGUCCCUACAUCCGAGAGCGCCAAAGAUAAUCCGAGAGGAUAUACUGGGAGAAACCUAUGAAGGAAGGAAGAAUGAAAAGCAAGUAACUACCUACAUGGACGAAACUACAAUUUCUGAUGAUUCAAUGGGAUUUGGAGAUUCUAGUACACUAAACACAGAAUUCACAUGUAGGAAAGGCAAGUGAAGCAGUGAUGGUCUCAUUGCAAAGAGAAUGGAAUAUGAAAGUCGGGAAUUUUUACAGGGCAUAGUUUUGGUCUGCAUAUUUAAGUUACUGAAACAUCGGAAGGAGAUUGACAGGGUGGAUGCUGAGAGAAUUUUUCCCUUUACUGGGAUAUCCAGAUCUAGAUGCACUGUUUCAGAAAUAGGCCACUCAUUGUCUACGUUAGGUGAAACGUACCCCAUCCUAGCAUUGUGUAAUGCACGCAUGUCACCCUCCUCUUGCCCCACAGACAAUGUCUGUGACCUUACUUCCCCCACCUCAGCCAAACCUGCUGCACCUGGGACACGCACCUAUGGGUGGACCCAGAUAGUUGAUACUUAUUUUCUCUCGAGGGGAACUAUCUUCAC